AAUCACAACUAACAAUGACCCAAACCAAAGAGAAAAGAAACGAGAGGUUCUGGUGAAGCUCCUGAUCACUGAGAGAGAAUCUUAGAUACAAAAACUAAUGAGGAAGGAGGUGAUAGUGGUGGCUACAGUGGCAGCAGUAGCACUAGCAGUAGCAUCUGUAACGCACUACAAGAGAAGAAAAGAGAGGCAAUGGAAGAACACGCAGCGUAUUUUACGUAAAUUUGCAAGGGAAUGUGCCACUCCUGUCCCCAAGCUUUUGGAGGUGGCUAAUGCAUUAGUUUCUGAUAUGGAAACAUCUCUUGCUGGCAAAGAUUAUACUACUCUUAAUAUGCUUGUCUCCCAUGUUACUUCACUGCCUAAUGGGGAUGAGAAAGGAUUGUACUAUGGAUUGAACUUGAGAGGGAACAAUUUCUUGUUGUUGUGUGCGAAACUUGGGGGAAAGAACGAACCUAUUUCUGAUUUAUAUAGGGAAGAGAUUUCUGUACCCACCAAUUUAUUGGUUGCUACUUCUCAGGAGUUAUUUGAGUACGUUGCUGUGGAGCUUGCCAGAUUUGUUGCAAUACAUCCAGCAGAUGAAAAUCAUGGAGCAGCAAGAGCAAAGAAAUUGGGUGUUACAGUGUCAUAUCCAGUAGACCAAGUUGCAGCCACCUCUGGCUCUGCUAUUAAAUGGAAAAGUUUCUCAGCUGAUGACACAGUUGGAAAAGCAUUAUUGAAUGAUAUCAAUCGAGCUAUAGAGAAACAAGGCCUAAAUAUGCAAGUUUUUGCGCUGGUUGAUGAAACAGUAGGAAAUUUGGCUGGAGGAAGAUACUAUAACAAGGAGACAGUGGCUGCAGUUACUCUAGCAUUAGGCACAAAUGCUGCUUAUGUAGAACCAGUUCAAGCAAUUACCAAAUGGCAUGGCCCUUCACCCUUAUCAGGAGAGCUGGCAAUAAGUAUGGAAUGGGGGAAUUUCAAUUGCCUUGAACUUCCCAUAACUGAAUUUGAUGCUAGUUUGGAUGCAGAAAGCUCAAAUCCUGGUAGCAAGAUCUUUGAGAAGCUGAUUUCAGCAACAUACUUGGGAGAAAUUGUGAGAAGAGUUUUGCUGAAGAUGGCAAAAGAAACAUCACUAUUUGGAGCUACUUUGCCUCCAAAACUAGAUACUCCAUUCCUACUAAAGUCACAUGAUAUGGCUGCAAUGCAUCAAGACACAUCAGAGAAUCACGAAUUGGUGAGCGAAAAGCUAAAGGAAAUUUUUGGGAUUACUGAUUCAAGUCCAAUGGCAAGGGAGGUUGUCGCAGAAGUUUGUGACAUAGUAGCAGAACGUGGUGCCCGUCUUGCUGGAGCUGGAAUUGUGGGGAUAAUAAAAAAGCUUGGAAGAAUAGAAAACAAGAAAAGUGUUAUAAGUAUGGAAGGAGGACUUUACGAGCAUUACCGUGUCUUUAGAAACUACCUCCAUAGCGGUGUUUGGGAGAUGCUUGGCAGUGACCUAUCGGACAACGUAAUUAUUGAGCCUUCUCAUGGUGGUUCUGGAGCAGGAACCCUGUUUCUAGCUGCUUGUCAAACACAGAAUCCUGAUUCCUAAUACCAGGAUUUACAAAAUGUUAUGUGAGCUUUCUUAAGCUUGCUAGUGCACUAACAAUUUUCUUUUUUUCUAAAUCUGAAUGUGACUUUCUUUCACUUUUCAAACUUGGGAAUUUCCCAUUUUGUUGCUGAUUAGAAAUGUAAGAAAUCAAGCAUUGCUUC